UCCAGGGACAACAUCCCCCGUUCCAGGGUGAUAUUUCAGCCCUGGUCUACACGGAGUAGUUCGAUCCUUUUCAUAGUCGCAUAGCGAUAGUCUUAGCAAGUGGUAGUUUGUAGUGAGGAAGUCCAUUCCAGCCAUCGUGAAACUGAAACCUAGGAAGACCGAUCGUUUCCAGACGUUUCUCGAGGAUAUUACCAAGGAGCAGAAAGGCCAUAACAGAGUGUGAGAAACAACCCCUGCUGACACGCAUGGACGCAGCCUGAUUUGAACGAGUCGGGAAAAGAUGCUAGAGAAACGCAAAAGGCACAGAUACGACGUGCAUUUGAAGCAGGAAGAAUGUGGAGCCGAUAGCGACGAGGAUCUCAUUGCAUUAGAUGUACGUCGGAAAGCAAGGAACACGGCACGCCUGUAGCUUCGAAAUGCCGGAUUAGGGUGCCGGAAAGUUGGAGAAAAUAGUUAGAGAGUGAACGAGAGAGAGAGAAAGAGAGCGCGCGAAUCAUAGAGAACAAUAGCAAGAAAAAUUAGUCAAAAGAAGUAGGAAAAAAAAGAACGUAGAGAGGAAAAAGCUAAGAAACGGACGAGAGAGAAUGAGUCACGCUCAGCAGCAUGUGCUUGCGAGCGCUAUAGUCCUCGCCAUGAUCGUCGUCUUCGGCAUCCACGUCUUCCUCUUUCCCAUGUACACGUCCAGCCCACCAGCACGACAUACCAAGAUCUCCACAUACGAGCAGACCCUCUGCCGCACCAAUCUAAAGAACGUCAGGGUCCCUGCUGAAUGGAGAAACCCAUGUCCCAAGUACGGGAUCGUUUCUGUCGUACAGGGUGGCAAACUUGGCAAUCAGAUAUGGGAGUACGCAUCGGUUUGGGCCACUGCCCGGAGAACAGGUCUCGAACCGUUCAUGCCCAGAUGCAUUCUCAAAACUCUUGAGGAGCAUUUUGAGAAUUUAAGUAUACCACCACUCAGCUACAUAGGCCGCUGCACUCUUGACAUUGGACAAGUAGUCAACUCGCUUGGCCAAUGGAACAGCACCGAGCAGAAUAUCAUAAUCCCCAGACAUGCGGCAUAUUGGUCUCUCAUUUUGGUUUGGCCGGACGACGUACGCAGGGAGUUCACGUUCAAGGCCAAUUUGCGCUCAUACGCGAAUACACUAUUGAAAGAAGUCGCUAGAAGGUUUAACCUGACGGAACCGACGUUCGUGAGCAUCCACGUGAGGAGGACAGACUACGUCGACUAUCUCUGGCAAAAGUUUAAAGUUCAUCCGGCACCAGUAAGCUAUUAUCUGGCAGCCAUGGACUAUUUCGUCGGCAAGUAUAGGAACGUGGUCUUCGUAGUGGCCAGCGACAACAUCGUCUGGUGCAGAUACAACCUGCGCACCAAGAGACACAGAGUGAGCUUCGUUUCUGACGCCGACGGCAGAGGACCUGGUAAAGACCUGGCCGUUCUCUCCGCCUGUAAUCAUAGCAUUAUUGAUUACGGCACCUACGGCUCCUUCGGCGCCAUCCUGGCAGCUGGCGAGACUGUCGUGUACAACGUGACUGCAUAUUUCUCUACCUUGAUAGCUGAGGUUCUGCCAAACUGGAGGGUCAUGAGUUGAAGUCUAAAUCAAAACUUAUAAAAGAAACGCUGCGAGUUGUCAAAAUGAAUUCUUAAGAACCAAAUGUUCAGGAGUGAUGAUAACGUCUUACGGAGACACGAGACAGUUUAAUCCAUAUGAAAUUUUAUACUUUUAACGUUUCCGUCUUGCAAUUUUCCGUGUCACUUGUAAAUUCUACUUGUCGGCAUUCACACAGAGAACCGACCUUUACGUUCUUUAUAUCCUUUUCUGAGCAAAGACCAAAAAUAUUAAUCAUACUUCACUUCUUUUUCGCAUCGAUGUAGAGGUUCGCAGGACUAGUUCGCCAUUCUGUGUCAACCGGAAUAGUGGAAUCGGACCGCGUCUCUUCGACCGGAAGUUAGUUCGUAUUUAUUGGUAACGUACCGGAAUCAGAUAAUUCUCCGUGUUUCCCUGUUAACUAAGAUGAGUAGUAGAUUGUGAAAUGAAAGUAGAGCAGCUUCCUAUGCAAAAAAAAAGAAAAAACAAAAAAGUUUACACCGGAACGAUGGACCACAUUUCUCUACGAUUAUAGAAACAAAUACUUAUUUUUUCUACUACUACGACUCGUGUGACGAACAAAAAAAAGCAUUGCUGAAAAUAUUGGAACAGUUCUGUCUCGAUGGUGGUACUAAUAUUUAAAGCUCUAUUCCACGGCGCACCUGUGAUUCUUUAUUCGCAAUGAGGAUAAAGAAUCGACAGCGGACAGUAUUAAUACGUAGCUGACUAUUUUUUAAGCUUCUUUUCUUUCAAGCCUUCUUUCUGAUGAUUCUCAUUUUUUGAAAUCGUGAAACUAGCUUAGAGCAUUCGUAUUAUAGUGUUUCUACGUAGCUUCGAUAAUCCGGACAAGGCCAGUAUACAUAUAUAUGUGUAAUAGACAUAAUUAAUUCAGAAUAAUACGUUGACUAUCCUUAAAAUGAAUAGAAUUACACAAAAAACGAAGAAGCAAAUACAAUAUAUAUACACAACAGAGAGAGACAACACACUUUACAUUCAUGUAUAGGCUCUAUCCAUUUAUGACUCUCACGAUGUACAAUGAUUUCAUCUGUGAUUCUAUUUCUUAUUGUGCCAAAGUUCUUAAUAUAAAUAUAUUAUAUAUAUAUAUAUAUUAUAUAUUGUGAAAUUAUAUCUAUACAAAUAUAUUGUAUAAUAUUUACAAAAAGUGUAUUAGACGAGGGAUAAAAUAUUUCUUCGUUGGCAAAGGGCUGUGUCGCGCGUGUGUUAGACCCAAAAUUAAAAUAGGGAGAAAGUAAUUGAGUGACAUGGGAAGAAGUAUUUUAUACGAAUUAAUCGUAAAGAAAAGAAAUUAAAUGUUUAAAAUUUUAUAACCUCGUGACCUGACGUAUUCGAAUUGUAUAUUAUAUUAGAAAGUGUAGUUUAGUCAAUGUCUGUAUAUCUACAUCUAUAUAUAUAUAUAUAUUACUUUAUUAUGACAUCACAAGUUAUUCGCCUUUGCAAGUAGCAUGUAUAUUUAACGUUUCUUUGUCUCUCUUGAAAUGCAACAGGGAUUGCAGUUUGAUUUUCGCAGGAUUUCGUAGAGGAAUAUGAAAUAUAGGUGAGAGGUAAUGUUAAAUUUAUUUUGCUACUUCAAUGCGCGAAUAUCGCUUCUCUAUAUUGUACAUCCUCUGUGAUAAAUUUUGUCUAAUUUUUGGAGAAUAACAGCUGUAUCCGUUUCUGAAAAUUGUUUGUCGUACAAAAUAAAAGUAUUCUAUGUGGA